AUGCCUUUAUCUAUAUACCGAGCAAAUACACUACAGUAUAAGACGGCCACAACCGUCUGUAAAUGUGUAAAAACAAUAAUAAAUCGAAGAAUGGGAAUUUUUGGCUCAAAAUACGAAACUAUAGAUACUGAAAAUAUUGAAAUUCCAACCUCAACCUGCCAUAGAAUGCAUAGCCUCUUUCAUUCACCUGCUGGAGAAAUGUAUGGAAAUAACACCUUUAAGGCAACCAAUAAUACUUUGGAAAAAGAAUGGCGAAUUUGGCCCUUUAGCCUCAUGUGGUAUACAGAAGAAGUAACAAAUUGUUACGCAUUUGACUCUGUAAUUUUUACUCGCCACGGAAUGAGCGGUGUAUCAACACCUUUAGGAACUUGCCCAGGCUGCCUUUACACUUCGGGUUCAUGCCGCUGUGCACAAGGAAGCCUUAUUUGGCAACCGGAAAAAUCGCAGCAAUGCUCAUUCAUAUUUGUUGCCCGAUGGGAAGGCGAAUAUUCAACUAGAAUUUGGAUAACCCAGAGUAGUGAAUUUGCCCUUAGUUUCGAAAAUGCCACAAUUAAAAAUGAUUGUGAGGGAACGCAAUAUGCAAUUUCAGAUCAAGGUUUCUCAGUUCCUGUAAAUGAAUAUAACGAAAUGAUAAUGAAAACAACUCGCAGCGCAAAUGACUGCCCUUAGCGCAAAAAUAACCUAUAACACACAACGUUUAUUUGCCGAAUCCACUCAUCAAAUUUGUACUAGCUUACA